UUCAGUCAGAGUGGCGGAGGCUCUCGGAUCGGAGCCCCGCCCCCUCCCCCCUAAUUGAUAUUAUUGGAGUGUGGAGCAAGCGGCCGGUCUGCAGUCGGAGACUUGCAGGCAGCAAACACGGUGCGAACAGGAGGGGGGGAAAUAAAAAAAUCUAAACGUGGAGCAGCCGGCCUGGGACCGAGAAGGGGAAUCGAUGCAAGGAGCGCAGUAAUAAUAAUAGAAACCCACUUCGGAGUAAACAGCAUUUUAAAAAGCUGCGACUCAAGAUAACUGAAACCUAAAAUAAAACCUGCUCAUGCACCAUGGUUUUUCAAACUCGGUACCCUUCAUGGAUUAUUUUAUGCUACAUCUGGCUGCUCCGCUUUGCACACACGGGGGAGGCGCAGGCUGCGAAGGAAGUACUACUGCUGGAUUCUAAAGCACAACAAACAGAGUUGGAAUGGAUUUCCUCUCCACCCAAUGGGUGGGAAGAAAUUAGUGGUUUGGAUGAGAAUUAUACUCCAAUAAGAACAUACCAGGUGUGCCAGGUCAUGGAGCCCAACCAAAACAAUUGGCUGCGGACUAACUGGAUUUCGAAAGGCAAUGCACAAAGGAUUUUUGUAGAAUUGAAAUUCACUCUGAGGGAUUGUAACAGUCUUCCUGGAGUACUGGGAACUUGCAAGGAAACCUUUAAUUUGUACUAUUAUGAAACAGACUACGAUACUGGCAGGAUUAUAAGAGAAAACCUCUAUGUAAAAAUAGACACCAUUGCUGCAGAUGAAAGUUUUACCCAAGGUGACCUUGGUGAAAGAAAGAUGAAACUUAAUACUGAGGUGAGAGAGAUUGGACCUUUGUCCAAAAAGGGAUUCUAUCUUGCCUUUCAGGAUGUAGGUGCUUGCAUAGCUUUGGUUUCGGUCAAAGUAUACUACAAGAAGUGCUGGUCCAUUAUUGAGAACUUAGCUAUCUUUCCAGAUACAGUGACUGGUUCAGAAUUUUCCUCUUUAGUUGAGGUUCGAGGGACAUGUGUCAGCAGUGCAGAGGAAGAGGCGGAAAACUCCCCCAGGAUGCACUGCAGUGCAGAAGGAGAAUGGUUAGUGCCCAUUGGAAAAUGUAUCUGCAAAGCGGGCUACCAGCAAAAAGGGGACAUGUGUGAACCCUGUGGCCGUGGGUUCUACAAAUCUUCCUCACAAGAUCUUCAGUGCUCUCGUUGCCCGACCCACAGUUCCUCUGAUCGAGAAGGAUCCUCCAGGUGUGAAUGUGAAGAUGGGUAUUAUAGGGCUCCAUCUGAUCCACCGUAUGUUGCAUGCACAAGGCCUCCAUCUGCACCACAGAACCUCAUUUUCAACAUCAACCAAACCACAGUAAGUUUGGAAUGGAGUCCUCCUGCAGACAAUGGGGGAAGGAACGAUGUCACCUACAGGAUACUGUGUAAGCGAUGCAGUUGGGAGCAGGGCGAAUGUGUGCCCUGUGGGAGUAACAUUGGGUACAUGCCCCAGCAGACUGGAUUAGAGGAUAACUACGUCACUGUCAUGGACCUGCUAGCCCAUGCCAAUUACACCUUUGAAGUGGAAGCUGUGAACGGAGUUUCUGACUUGAGCCGAUCCCAGAGGCUCUUUGCUGCUGUUAGCAUCACCACGGGUCAAGCAGCUCCCUCGCAAGUGAGCGGAGUAAUGAAGGAGAGAGUGCUGCAGCGGAGUGUCGAGCUUUCCUGGCAGGAACCAGAGCAUCCCAAUGGAGUCAUCACCGAGUAUGAAAUCAAGUAUUACGAGAAAGAUCAAAGGGAAAGGACCUACUCGACUGUAAAAACCAAGUCCACCUCAGCCUCCAUAAAUAAUCUGAAACCAGGAACAGUGUAUGUUUUCCAGAUUCGGGCUUUUACUGCUGCAGGUUAUGGAAAUUACAGUCCCAGACUUGAUGUUGCUACGCUAGAGGAAGCUACAGGUAAAAUGUUUGAAGCCACAGCUGUCUCCAGUGAACAGAAUCCUGUUAUUAUCAUUGCUGUGGUGGCGGUGGCAGGGACCAUCAUUUUGGUGUUCAUGGUGUUUGGCUUCAUCAUUGGAAGAAGGCACUGUGGUUAUAGCAAAGCUGACCAAGAAGGGGAUGAAGAACUUUACUUUCAUUUUAAAUUUCCAGGCACCAAAACCUACAUUGACCCUGAAACCUAUGAGGACCCAAAUAGAGCUGUCCAUCAAUUCGCCAAGGAGCUAGAUGCCUCCUGUAUUAAAAUUGAGCGUGUGAUUGGUGCAGGAGAAUUUGGAGAAGUCUGCAGUGGUCGUCUGAAACUUCCAGGGAAAAGAGAUGUAGCAGUAGCCAUAAAAACCCUGAAAGUUGGUUACACAGAAAAACAAAGGAGAGACUUUUUAUGUGAAGCAAGCAUCAUGGGGCAGUUUGACCACCCAAAUGUUGUCCAUUUGGAAGGAGUUGUUACAAGAGGAAAACCAGUCAUGAUUGUAAUAGAGUUCAUGGAAAAUGGAGCCCUAGAUGCAUUUCUCAGGAAACAUGAUGGUCAAUUUACCGUCAUUCAGUUAGUAGGAAUGCUGAGAGGAAUUGCUGCUGGAAUGAGAUAUUUGGCUGAUAUGGGAUAUGUUCACAGGGACCUUGCAGCUCGAAAUAUUCUUGUCAACAGCAAUCUUGUUUGUAAAGUGUCAGAUUUUGGCCUGUCCCGGGUUAUAGAGGACGAUCCAGAAGCUGUCUAUACAACUACUGGUGGAAAAAUUCCAGUAAGGUGGACAGCACCUGAAGCCAUCCAGUAUCGAAAAUUCACAUCAGCCAGUGAUGUCUGGAGCUAUGGAAUAGUCAUGUGGGAAGUUAUGUCUUAUGGAGAAAGACCUUACUGGGACAUGUCAAAUCAAGAUGUUAUAAAAGCAAUAGAAGAAGGUUAUCGCCUACCAGCACCCAUGGACUGCCCAGCUGGUCUUCACCAGCUAAUGCUGGAUUGUUGGCAAAAGGAGCGUGCUGAAAGGCCAAAGUUUGAGCAGAUAGUUGGAAUUCUAGACAAAAUGAUUCGAAACCCAAACAGUCUGAAAACACAACUGGGAACUUGUAGUAGGCCAAUAAGCCCUCUUCUGGAUCAAAACACUCCUGACUUCACUACCUUCUGUUCAGUUGGAGAAUGGCUACAGGCUAUUAAGAUGGAAAGAUACAAAGAUAACUUCACAGCAGCCGGUUACAAUUCCCUUGAAUCAGUGGCCAGGAUGACUAUUGAGGAUGUGAUGAGUUUAGGGAUCACACUGGUUGGCCAUCAAAAGAAAAUCAUGAGCAGCAUUCAGACUAUGAGAGCACAAAUGCUACAUUUACAUGGAACUGGCAUUCAAGUGUGAUAAGAAGUUCUCCCUAUGUGGGAGUUUACAGACUGCAAGAGAACAGUACUGGCCUUCAGUAUAUACAUAGAAUGCUGCUAGAAGAUGAUUGAUGGACUGGGUCCUUCCUACAGUGAAGAGAAGAUUUAAGAAGCACCUAUAGAACUUGAACUCCUAAGUGCCACCAGAAUAUAUAAAAAGGGAAUUUAGGAUCCACCACUGGUGGCCAGGAAAACAGCAGUGACAAUAAACAAAGUACUACCUGAAAAACAUCCAAACACCUUGAGCUCUCUAACCUCCUUUUUAUCUUAUAGACUUUUUAAAAUGUACAUAAAGAAUUUAAGAAAGAAUAUAUUUGUCAAAUAAAAUCAUGAUCUUAUUGUUAAAAUCAAUGAAAUAUUUUCCUUAAAUAUGUGAUUUCAGACUUAUUCCUUUUUAAAAUCAUUUGUGUUUAUUCUUCACAAGGACUUUGUUUUAGAAAGUUGUUUAUAGCUUUGGAUCUUUUUAGUGUGAAAUCUAUGACACAUUACUACACUGGGUACCUUUGAAAGAAUAUCAAAUUAAAAAGAAAAAACAUAGCAUGAUUGAAGUUAUAUCUUUGUCACAACAUUGGUAUCCUUUAUGUGCCAUUUUAUUCUGUUUAAUCAGUACUGUUUUGAUAUUAUUUGCUGAUUGGCAGGUAGUCCAGAAAAAUGCAAGUUGCCAAGAGCUCUGAUAUUUUUUAAAAGAAGUUUUUUUGUAAAAAUCAGACAACACACUAACUUUUCAAUGAAAUAAAAAAGCAAUAAUGAUCCAUAAAUACUAUAAGGCACUUUUAACAGAUUGUUUAUAGAGUGAUUUUACUAGACAGAAUUUAAUAAAAGUAACUCAAAUUUUAGGUUUGUGUCUAUAUAAAACAAAAGAUGAGGCACUUCAUCUAAAGAAGGUUGGUGAAGCCAAGUCUCUGAAAGCAAGAACUAUCCAGUGUUAUCUAAAAUUUAAUCUGAGCACAUCAAGAUUUUUUCAAUCUUGUGACAUUAGGAAAUUUAGGAGAAGUAGUCGACGUCUAUUUUAUAUUCUUUUCUGUUGAAUGCAGUCCAAACAUGAAAGGAAAGAAUUAAGUUUUAUAUUAGAACUCUGAAGCAUGAUAAAGGGGGCAGUUCACAAUUUUCACUGUUCAAAAACAAAUUUGCUGCAUAGAAUAUCACCACUGCAAGUUAAAAACAAAACAAAAAGUCUUUUAUUUGUGGACACUGAUGCAAGAAACAUGUUAAAUGAAAGAACUCUUUUUACCCAAGAAGGAAGAGGUGAAGGAUCUGGCUAAAAAGAAAAAAAAAACUUUAUUUAUUAAACCAUAUUAUUUGAUUACUGUGUUAGAAUUUCAUAAGCAAUAAUUAAACGUGUCUUUAUAGAUAUUUCAGGAAUGUAUACAUAUUGUGAGUAAUGCUUUCAAAAGUUAUGAAAAUCAUGAACUACCCCAGAAUUGAACUGUUGUACUUCCAAAGAAAAUUGGGCUGUUUAUAAUGAUUUUAAUAGAGAAAGAUCCCAGGGAUCGGUCAUAAUUGGUCUUGUUUGAUAAUGUGGACAUCCACAAACAAACAAACAACAGAAACAAAAUCUGUAAAUGUUCCUUUGUAAAACUUGUAAAUUUUAUUUAUACUGUCUUGUUUUGUACACACAUUUCUCUGUAGUGGGCUCUGAAUACAUUGAAAAUGCACUAUAUUUUUCUAUUUUACUUGCAGAGCAUCACAAAAGAACAGGUAUUUUCAGUGCUACAUAAUGUGUUUUCCCACAUUUAGGACCAAAGAUGGCUAUAGAAAAACUCAAAUGGAUUGCUUCCCAAACCCCUCCCCACCCUUUUUUUUUUUCUUUUAGGUCACUGUACAGUGUUAUUUGAUAUUUUAAUUUAUUUUUUGGAUUGACUAGAAAAAUCAUUUUAAUUUCACUAAAAUGUUUUUUGUCCCUAAGGAAAAGUAAUCUGUAAAAAUAAUUUUAAUUAGCAUAAUACAGUCACCUAGAUACUUCCAUUUGUAAUCUUUGUAAUAGACUGUAAAUAUAUUUUUGGAACUAUAACACAAUGUGCUUGAGGGUUAUUUUUCAGUGUCUGCAGUGUAUACAAGUGUUUAUACUAAGUACAGCACUUUACAAUUCUAAUCAGUAGCAUUGGCCUUUGUGAGAAUGAGUGAGAGUUUGAGUGAGUGUUCUUAAUUCCGUUUGGAUUCUAGACUCACUAAUAAUGAAGUUCUUUUCUUGUUCAUAGCUUAAGGUGCUUAUUUUUUCUAUUAAAAUUAAAUUAACAAAAAGCCAUUCUAGAAAUAGAAGACAUAGUAUGGUACACGCAAACGGUGUCUUUCCUGCUUUUUUCUAGCACUAGAUUUAUAGUUGAGUAGUCUUUCUUGAGUAGAAGGGCAGAAUAAAAGUUUUUUUGAGUUUUUUUUUCAAAAAUAACUUUUUUCUUCAGCAAUAUACCUCAUCUGCCUUAAAUUUUUUACAGCUCUUUACAGGGAAAGGGGAGAAGGGAUGGGAAAGACACACAGCACAAUAGGAAGUGUAUGAUUACAUCACUCUCUCUCGUUUGUAGGUUUCUUUUCUCAAUUGACAUUAUGAUUUUGAAGUACAUGUAUGUGAAACAAAUAUUAGGAGAAAAAGAAUUAACAUUGUAAUGCUGAUUGUAAUACUCUCUUCCAGAAAGAGACGAAAUGGUAUAAUGAUGAGAAUGUACAACUUGCACCUUGAAGUCUUUUUUGAUAAAUUAGUGCUCAGGGGAGGAAAAGUAAAGAAAGCAAAAGUCAAAAAUAGAAUUCCAAAAUUAAAAAUGCAAAAGGAAAUGGCCUCCUUGAUUUAAUAGAGCCACCUUUUAUAGAAUGCUGUUUUCACACUUGGUCUGUGUUUUGCAUUCAGUACUGAAAUAAAAGUAACUUUUAUUACAUCUGAAUCUAACAUUGUCUCAGCAAUUGAUCUGGGCCUUGUUUACUAGAACUGGUGGUUUAUGCUUGUCAGAGCACUAUUAGUUGAAUCAUAUUGUAUACUUAUGUAAUCUACAUUAGCUAGUACUAUUUAGGACUAUAUUUUAAUUGCUCCUCUUAUCCGUGUUUUUAAGACAAUUACAAUGGUGUAAUUCACCUCUCUUUUUUUAUUUAGGUAAUGCUGAUAUUCUCCCUUUUGUUUCCUGAGUAGCCUAGAACUGUGCUACUCACUGAUGUGCAUGUUCAAAUAAAUUACUAAUGUGUAUUUUUUUGCUAUAUGUGGAGAAAUCAUGGGGAACUCGGGGCAAGAUGUGCUUUUUGUUGGUUGAAUUUGUCCCUCCUUGCCUAAGAAUUACUACAGGGGUCAUCCUUUUAUAAGAACAAACUGCUUUUGAACAGUGUCUUCAAUGUAUCAAGCACAAAUAACUCUUUCUUCAACACGAAUCAUAAGUCUCUUUUUACCAGCUUAAAAUAAUAAACGAGUCUAUUAGACGAUGUAAAGAAAAUCCUGUCUCCAGUCAUUGGUGGAUUCCUUUAUGUCCCUUAUACAUUCUUUAUUACCUUUCACAAUUUCAUGAGAAGAGUUUUGUGGAAAUAUCUGCAGUUGCCCAAUCAGAAUAUGAAUAAAAAUUAAUAUUCUUUGCUUCCUCUCAUUCCCUUGCACAAUAACUUCAUUGCAGUUAAUUAUUAUAGAGUAAGAAGAUCAUGUCUUUAAGAAUCAGACUAUUGAACAUUUUUAGUGAAAACCAUUUUUGUUGUUUAUUCAUGAAACUAUUACUAAUGAGAAUUGUCCAUGAGAAAGA